GCCGCCUCACGUUUAUGAGGAUGAGGGCUGGGCCGGACAGGAGGCUUCUCAGUCUGGACAAACCCGUGACAGUCUGACGUCAACGAUCAGUAACUCAGAUCAACUCUACUGGUGGACUGACUCUUCCUCACCGGAGAUAUUCAACAUGGAUCCAGAUCCAGAUCUCUCCAUCGUCCUCCUUGGAAACUCAGGAGCUGGUAAAAGUGCUUCAGGAAACAUCAUCUUAGGACGAAGAGUGUUUGAGUCAAAGUCUUCCUUCAAACCAGUGACUAAAUCCAUCACUGAGGAAACAGGGCGAGUGUUUGGGAAACAGAUCAGAGUGGUCGACACUCCAGGAAUAUUAGACAAAGAGAAGGAAAUUAAAUCCUACUGUGAGAAGAUCCUGAAGUCCAACAGACCUGUUCUGUUCCUGGUGGUGAUCAGAAUUGGUCGAUUCACUAAUGAAGAAAAGGAAGCUUUGGAGGCAGCAAUGAGAGUCCUUGGACCUCAGGGUCUGAGGAAGAGUUACCUGCUCUUCACAGGUGGAGAAUUCUUAAAGGGCAUGACGCUGACGAAUUUUAUAUUUGAGAAGAGUGAAGGUUAUCUUCCAGAUGUAGUGAUGAAGUUUGGAGGGGCGUAUCACCUCUUCAACAAUGAAGAUGGAGCCAAGGAACAAGUCAGAAAUCUGCUGCUGAAGGCUGGAUACCUCAGACCAAACAUUCAGGAGGAGAGGAGGAUCGUUCUUCUUGGUCGACCUGGAUCAGGGAAGAGUUCAUCAGGAAACACCAUCCUGGGAUCAGAGACGUUUAAACCAGACUCUAGCUUUGGUUCAGUCAGUACAGAGACUGUCUCUAGGUCAGCUACAGUGGAGGGUCGACAGGUCACAGUGGUCGACACUCCAGGAUUCACUGAAGAACAUCUGACUCCUGAACAGAUGUGUGAGGCUAUCAGUAGAAUGAUAGUAAAGGCCAAACCAGGACCACAUGUCUUUGUUAUUGUGGUCAGAUUAGGAAGUGUCUCUGAAGGAGACAAGAAGAUGUUUGAGAUACUGAAGAAACUGUUUGGUAGUGAUGCUUCUAAGUACAUCAUGGUACUGUUUACUGGUGGAGAUGAGCUGAGAGGUCGGUCCAUUGAGGAGAAAAUCAAAGAUAACAAAUGUUUGUCUGAUCUGGUCUCCAUGUGUGGUGGCAGAUACUGUGUGUUUGAGAACAACCAGAGAGGAAACAGGAAGCAGGUUAGAGAGUUUCUGAGGAAAAUAGAUGAGAUGGUCACAGAUAAUGGAGGAAAACAUUACACCUCUGACAUGUUCAGGAUGGUUGAGACCUACAGUAGAGAGGGGAGGAACAGGGUAUUGAAAGGACUGCUGCCAUCUGUGAUAUGUCUGAUAGUAGGUGGUUUGCUAGGUGGAUCCGUAGGUGCAGCAGUAGGAGGUGCAGUAGGAGGUGCAGUAGCUGCCAAGAUAUGUCUUGGACCAUCAGUCAAAGGAACUAAGCCCUGAAGACUAUAGUUUUACGGAAAUUGUUUUCAUUGGUGAUUUUAUUGAUAAUCUCUCUGUCAACAAAAACUUGAUCCGAAAGUUUAAUAAUUACUCAACUACACUGUCCAAUAAGAUAAAGAUAAUAAAAUACAGACAGUGACCAGGUGUUUUAGCUUUGUCAGACUGGUCUCUCUUUGUCCUGGGUUGGAGGUCAGUCAGACUGACUUGGUGUUAUCAGGUGUAGCUUUAAUCUCCAGCAUGUUGUUCUGUGUAGAUGUGUUUACUGUAUCCCUGGGUUCAGGGUCCUGUGCUGUUCACUUUAUCACUUCAUUAUUAUUAUUACUCUAGGUUGUCUGUUUUCAAGCUCAGUGUGUAAUCUCUGGUCGUCUCCAUCUAAAGUAGUUAAAGCAGACAUACCCUUAAUUUGCAGAACUUUAAUCCUUGAUCUAAUUAAACAAGUGAGCUAUAAAAAACAAUCAUCAUGAUCAGAGGAAUUAUCUCUAGAGACCAGAACUAAUUUACUAGCAGAUUAGAAACAUGUUGAUUUAACAUGGAGAUCUAUGGGGACUGACUGGUGGAGCCUCUAGUGGACAAUAGAGGAACUGAGGCUCAAAGGUUUUCCCGCUUGGUUUCAUGUUGAAUAUAAACUAAAAUAAAUAUAAAUAUGUGAUGAAAUGUGAUGUGUCUGGAUUCAGAUGAAAUCAUCCACAGUAAUCCUGAGCAUCUUCAUAAACACUGAUUGGUAGCAGCUCUGAAACCAUGAUGUCAUGUUGUUUCAUCUCAUUCAGAUUUCAGCCAAUCAUCGGUCUCUAUUAACACCAUUAGUUUGUUUGUAAAAUGUGUAAUGAUUCAUGUGAAUAAAUAGAACCAGAAGUCACUAAAUGAUGGCUCUAUUUGUUCUAGUAAAUGAUUUAAUGUCAGACAUGAUAAACCUGUGUCUCUCUACUCUCUCAGCCCUCAGUAGUGUCUCUCAGGCUUUGUGAUUGUAAAUGUGUAUCCGUCUAAUAAAGAUGAUUCUUCUUCUGA